AUGAGACCCAAUUAUCGAAUUAUUAUCAUCAACUUGUUGCUCGUAUUUGCCCAGGCACGCGUCGGGACUGAUGGACAGACUCUGGUACUUUUCGUCGCCGUUGGAACGUGUAGCGAUGAGAAGGAUCCAAAGAAGCGCCACAUUAGCGGUGGAAUAGGUCUCUAUGGAUCUCAUGGAUCAUCCAUUGGCUUAGGCUUCGGUGCUGGGAUCUACAAACACGGAGGAUACGGCCUGGGAGGCGGUUAUCAUGGUUACAGCAAAUUUGGACCAUCUGGAGGAUCUCUGGGAGGACUUUACUCCGGCGGAUCAUAUGCCGGUGGAUCAUAUGCUGGUGGAUCCUACGGCGUAGGUUAUGGCAGUGGGUACGGAUAUGGGGGUGGAUAUGGUGGCCUCCAUGGGCACAGCAGUAUAGUUCAGACAGUUCCAGUGCCUGUUGAUCGACCAGUUCCAGUGAAAGUUCUCGUACCGCAACCUAUACCAAUUGAGAAGCCCAUUCCCGUGCCUGUAAAAGUUCCCAUACCUGUUAAAGUAGCCGUUCCAGUUAAGGUUCCAGUACCAGUUAAGGUGCCAGUUCCACAUACAGUCCCCGUCCCAGUUCCUGUUCACACUCCCGUUUACAUUCACAAACCAUCCUUCGUGGCAUCGUCUGGGCACUAUUCCAAGCCUUUGCUAGGAUAUGGAGGAAUAGGAAUUGGUGGUCAUCUUGGAUCAUACGGAGGAUUUGGAGGCUACGGCCACAGCAGUAUUGGUAGCUACGGUGGCUACGGAGGCUAUGGAGGACAUUACCACAAUGGCAUACACUGCGAUCAACAACAUGGGUGGUAA